CUUUUGCUCGGCGGUAACAAACACUCUCGUCAGUUCGUCAUUUACUUCCCUGACAAACUUCCACUUGCUCCAAUACCCACCACUACCACCACCAACAUUGGCAGUCCACCACCACGCAAGACGCAAGGUACCACCACCCUCACGACACCCUGUGCCUGCUCAUUUUACCCGCCCCGAGUCCCCCGACCAGGUCCUGUCAUCCUAAUACCACCUUACUCUGGGAGCUGCCCGCCGCCUGUCCAUAAUUAAUACCUUUAAACUUCUCGGUUAUUGAGCGGGAACCCUCGUCCCUCCUCUUGCUCCUUCUGUCUCUCUCUCCCGUCCACCGUGUACUUUGUACCUGCGGGGGGCUGAAGUGUUCUACGGAUACAUACGUCCUUUUUCCCAUUUGUACACGUAUACACCUUACCCACGUCCCGGGGGAAGCAAAAAGACCAUCGCAUCGCACAUUGUCGUGUGAUCUAUCCGUUCGUCCUGCGACUUUGCGACCGAGACGACCUUCGACACCUUGGACGUGCCGUCGUGACUCGUUCUGUCGCCGCCCCCCAAGAAGGGCAUUCAGAGAUCGACAGACAGGCGAAAGGUGCUUGCUGGCCGGUAUUGGCCACCCCGUCCACCGUCCGUCCCAGUGCUGCCUUCCCAGCCCGGCGGCCCCAUUCAGCCAGCGACAGCCCGCCGCAGAACCAGAAACCUUGAAUUACUCGGUCGCUACACCCCGAACCGAAGCCUGCGAGGUUUGUCCCAGCAGGGGCAACCACCUUUUUCUCGAUUGAUUUCGAGAGAUUCCUCCAAAAGCACGUCACAGCUGCCCUGCGCAAACUCUCCGCCGGCCAUUCGUCGCAACGUCACGCCUUCUCUACGCCUUCUCCGCCUCGACUGCUGAGAAGAGUGUGUGGGUGGGUGCAACGACUCGAACACCACUGACGAGUGACGACCGACCACCUACCUACCUCCUGCAGCCGCAAGCCGCAAAGCCGUAACCGCAAGCCGCAGUCGCAUUCCAAACGCCGCGAAGCCGAGAAACGCCGCCUUUCUUUUCUUUUCUCCUCUUCCGAUAAACGACGAACAGCUGCUCUGCUUUCUUUCGACCUCUCUUGUUACUCGUACGCUUUCAGCUUUUGCUCGCCAAACCAUCAACAAACCAGCUCCAUAUCUAUCAUAACUCACGACUUGUGACUGUGUUCUGUGACUUUGGGUCGCAGUUGUGGACACUUCGUUCUACUUCCCCAAUCCGGCAACUUCUUACGGACUCUUUUUAUUUUUAUUUUUUGGUUAUUCUUAUCUGACCUCCGCUUUUGCGAUUGCGAUUGCGACUACUAUUACCAACCACUCGAACGAGAGAGAGCUUUGCGACGUAAUCUGGCGACGACAGCGAACAACGAACAACGACCGACGACCGACUGAUCAAAACGACGACACCGACGGCGAUCGAUAAUCACGAAACGGGCGAGCAAUACUAUGACGAAUUACUCUAGCAUUACUGAUGGAAACGCAAAUUCAAUUGCGUCUGGAAGCUCCGGCGAAAUGUCACGACAACGCCGAAGAAACACUAAGGAGGGGGGAGGCCAGGCCUCGAUGCUGAGUAGUGUGAUCAAUCUGCUCAAUACUAUCGUUGGCGCGGGAACGUUGGCAAUGCCAUCAGUGGUGUCGCACAUGGGCUGUAUGCUCGGUGUGUUGAUGAUCGUGUGGUCUGGACUUACGGCCGCCUUUGGCCUGUAUCUUCAGUCUCGUUGCGCCCGCUACCUUGAUCGAGGGACAUCGUCCUUCUUCGCUAUUUCCAAGAUUACGUACCCAAACGCCGCCAUCAUUUUCGACACUGCCAUUGCGAUAAAGUGCUUUGGAGUGGGUGUCUCCUACAUGAUCAUCAUUGGCGACUUGAUGCCAAAGGUCUUCAUCGGCUUGUUCGCGAGUGCCGUGGCGCAGAACCCUUACCUCGGCGAGAGGAACUUUUGGAUUACGGCUUUCAUGCUGGUCAUUAUUCCUCUCAGCUUCCUCAAGAAGCUCGACUCGCUCAAGUAUACCAGUAUUGUUGCUCUGGUCUCCAUCGGCUACCUCGUCAUUUUGGUCAUCUAUCACUUCUCAACGGACCGGCUCAAGGACAUGAGCGAGAUUCGAGUUGUUGAGCCCGAAAGCGCUGUCGCAUUCCUCAGCACAUUGCCGGUUGUUGUCUUUGCCUACACAUGCCAUCAAAACAUGUUUGCCAUCUUGAAUGAGAUAAAGGACAAUUCUCCUGGCAGCGUCAUAGGGGUUGUUGGCACUAGCAUCGGCACGGCCGCCUCGAUUUACAUUGUUGUAGCUAUCACUGGUUACCUCACAUUUGGCAACGCUGUCAAGGGCAAUAUUGUCAUGAUGUAUUCUGCAACCGCCGCUUCCUAUAUCGGACAGCUUGCCAUAGUCGUCCUGGUCACGUUCUCGGUUCCUCUUCAGGUUCACCCUUGCCGCGCCUCCGUCGAUGCUAUCCUAAAGUGGCGACCAAACCGUGCUUCGAACGCAAACGGCCGGUCUACCUCUCCGGGCGGACGUCCGCUGCUGCCCUCGUCGGCUUCUGUACGCUCCGACCACGGCUCCAGCUCUUCCAUGGGCGAGACUCGAUUUGCGAUCUUAACCUCAGUCAUUCUCAUUCUUUCCUAUGUCACCGCUCUCUCAGUACACAGUCUCGAGAGAGUUUUGGCCUACGUUGGAAGCACCGGCUCAACCAGCAUCAGCUUCAUCCUUCCAGGCCUGUUUUACUACAAGAUUAGCGACCCCGAUAGCAUCCAUCAGCAACGUCUUCACAAGGAGGACGAUGACGCCGAUGCUCCCAAUGACGAAGAGGAUGCCGAUCCUAUGACAACUAGUAUCGCCAGUCUUGGGAGCAUUGCCAGCCAUGUGACGGAUCCUCGCCAAUGGAAGCGCAAGUGGCGUUGGGACCUCGAGCACAUUGAGCAAGACGCCCUCCGCAAAAUGGCCCUCGCCCUCGCCAUCUAUGGCGUAUGUGUCAUGGUGGUCUGCCUCUUUAUGAACAUUGUGUUCCACGCAUCUCACUAAUUGCGGCUACUUUCAUCUUUGAUGAAGAUGCAGUUUAGAGGAAGAAUUAUUUCAUUGAGACGACGAUGCAGAUAUAUUUACUAUACGGCCGCCCGGGAUAGACAUACGGCGACGUCAUAAAAAGUCCCACGGGUAGCGUCGCGCAUUUUUGGAGUUGGAUGGUCUGCUUCUCUUCUGAUUCCUAAGGGGCUUUCUUGUUUUCUUCGUGUACCCCUUACCAGCGUGGUGGCUGCAUGUCAGGGGCGUUGGUUACGUCCUGCAUUGGUCUUCUUUUCUUUUUUCUCAUUGUUCAGUCUAGAAACAGUUUCUAGGACAGACUCGGCCCAUCGGCUCAUAGUCAUAGCGGCCUUUUGAUAACCUUCAAACAUAGCUUCAAUCGGGAGUGACAUUUUGGUUUUUUUUACAGUCGUUUUAUUGUACAACUCUUGUGAUGUGACGUGGUGCUGGAUGCAUCUGGCUUCACCACCUCACGGUCCCUCGUCAAUGCCCGUGGGUGAGCCGAGCCGCAUCCUGGACACGGUUCUGGCCUGCCCGUUGCCGUCUCUUUUCGCCUUAAUAGUACAAUCCCACCAUCUGCCCCUUCCGCUCUGCGCAGCCACGAAUCUCAUGCGUGAAAGAGCCAAGUGCGACCCCUGCGAUUCGCGCGACGGUUUUUGAUGCUUUUGAUACACGACACAGUCCCAGCCGAUAUGGGCUGGCUACCCUAUUCUCGUCCCAUCCGUCUGAGCAAAACUUUUCCUACAAAUCGUCGCUGCCGAUGCCUAUGAUGAUUCCGCCGGUGCCGCCGCCUUGGCCGGAGAGGCAGGUGUCCUCAGCGACUUCGCCGCCGUCGCCGUGUUGGCGGUGCCGUUUGGUCUGAAUUUGGGCUGGAGGAUGCCGACCAUGGAGAGUAAGCGCCAGACGGUGUCGGUGGGCUGGGCGCCGACGCCGACCCAGUAACGGGCGCGGAGGGAGUCGAGGCGGAUGUCCUUGUGCGGCUUGGUGGUCGCGUCGUAGGGGUCUUGGCGGGGGACGGGGUCGUAGGUGCCGAUUACUUCGAUUGGUUUGCUGUUGCGGGCUGUUCUGUUGUUGGUGAAGAAGAGUCAAGGGUUAGCUUUGGGGGAGGUUUCUCUUUUUGUGUUCGAGGUUCGUUUGGGUUUGCGAUGCGGAGAGCUUCGCUCUUUGGCAAUGGGGAGGGGGUUUAUGGUGCUCAUCUCAUGGCGACGGUGAUGUGAUUUCCUGAGGAUGGUGACUCGGUGAUGUUGACUUGAGGUUGAAGGCGUACCUUGCUUGUGUGACGACGAUGUUGUAGAAGGGCUGGUUGACGCGCCCGAAGCGGGCAAGGCGUAUGCGGACGACCAUGGUCGGAGGUUGUGUGGAGGUUCUGGGCUCGAGGCGGGGUUGGGGAAAGUAGACGGCUUCGUCGGGAGGUUCGAGCGGGGAUCGAUUGAGGUGUCGAGCGUUCGGUGCGUCGUGAUCGCGGAGCUGGAGACAGCUUCAAUGCUGUAUAGCAAGGUGAGGUGAUGUGAGGCGAUCGGUGGCCUUGGUCGUGUCGGGUCCGGGGGAAUUUUUGGUCGGUGGAGACGUUGUUCCGUUUCCGAAGGAGUAUGGGCGCUAGUACAAGAAUGGUAAGGGGGACGGAAGAGAUGACUAGAACGGGGACCGGGGACCCGGGCCCCUACCGAUUUUCGUGUGGUGGGUUCUUAGUG